AUGGUCGCCGCGCAAUUUGCGUACAUCGUCGUCACCCCAACAUGCUGGCACACGUGGACGGGGUUAAGUUGGCAGGCCUUCUCCAGUUUGCCGAGUUUCUUCAAGCUCUCCGCCGCGUCUGUCGUGAUGUUGUGCCUUGAUACAUGGUACUUUCAGGUGCUGGUGAUCAUUCAUGUAUUGCUCCGCAACCAUGAGAUUGCCCUGGGUUCAACGCAGCUGCAAGGUUCGCAAGUCUAUACUGAAAGGCCUUAA